AUUUUUACUGACAGUAAAAAAAAAAACCUAAAAGUAAACUGUGAUUGUGCUUCUCCUCGCAAACAGUUGCCAACAUUCACUCUCCUAGCAGAGUCGCCCACUCAACGACACUGUCUCUCUCUCUCUCUCUCAUACUAUGGAGCUUAAACUAGCCACCGCCGAGAAACAAGUGCUUGAAGAGUUGGUGAAGCUAGUGCAGAGUAGAGGCCUGUGCGGCGAAAACGGAGGAUGGAAGGAGUUUUUAGAUGCUAAAGACAAAAAGAAGAUUGGAUCUCCAAAUGACCCUUCGAAGCGUUCCCAUGACGAACUUGUCGCGUUUCUGACAACCUUCAAGAAGAAACAAGACUUGCAGGUUCUGAAAUGUCACGCCAAUUUUCUUCUAAUUGAAAAGUUAGAGCAGGAAUGUCCUGGUAAUGACACUCCAGAGCAGAGUCUAGUUCGAUUGACUGUUGAGCAUCCUGCUUACUCAGUAGACUAUUCAUUCGAGCCACACUCCGAGGACUGGUUUGUAUCCGAUGUUGGAGUGAAGACGUCCAAGGUGAUGGAAUCAACCGAUCUGGUAGCUGUUGACUGUGAGAUGGUUCUUUGCGACAAUGGAACUGAGGGUUUGGUCAGAGUUGGUGUUGUAGACCGUGAUUUAAAGGUGAUUCUUGACGAAUUUGUGAAACCGGACAAACCUGUGGUUGACUAUAGGACAGACAUUACAGGGAUUACCGCUGAAGAUAUCGAAAAAGCUACCCUCUCCCUCGUAGAUAUUCAGGAAACUUUGCAGCCCUUUCUAUCAAAUGGUGCGAUUUUGGUUGGUCACAGUUUGAACAAAGAUUUGGAAGUGCUGAAGAUAUAUCAUCCAAAAGUAAUCGAUACCGCACUUGUAUUCAAGUAUCCCAAUGCAAGAAAGCCCAGAAGAGCUUCACUUAACAACCUUUGCAAGUCUAUUUUGGGUUAUGAAGUCAGAAAGGCAGGAGUCUCUCAUGAUUGUGUAAACGACGCAACAGCUGCGAUGAAACUUGCACUUGCUGUUAUUGAGAAAAGAGCCAACACAACAAUCCCACCAUCUAAAGAGAUGUUGGAGGUUGAGAAAGCAAAGCUUUUUAUACAUAAAAUCCCUCACAAUGUGACAUCUGAAGAGCUGGAGCAAGUUCUUUCUGGAGAGUUUACACUUGAUGUUAAGCCAGCAAAAACAUCGAGAGGUUGCUAUUGUGCGUUUGUUAUUUUCCGUAGCUCAGAAGAAGCAGAUCAAGCAUUUGAAAACGUUGAUGGAGACCAAGGCCAGGAUUCAUUUGGUUUGCCACAAAAACUGGUUAUAUUUAAGCUGACUUCUGGUUCAAGAGUUAGUAUAUAUGUCCGUAAAAUGGUUGAAGAUGGUUCCGCGUAGAGAUCUCCUCUGUCAGUACAAAGACACUUCUCCUGGAGAAAAAAAGUUAUGCAGUGCAGGAGUAGGCUAAAAUAUUUGUUAUUUUGAUUAAGAUUCUCUAUUUAACAAUUUAGGAAUAGAAAACAAUGGCAAUAGUGCUAUUAACAAUGUUCCUGUUGCAUCAGAGAAGAUCAACAUGAAUAUUCUCCUAACAAUUGCUUUGCAAAGUGAAUGUGAACUUAAAGAAUUA